AUGACAAAAGGCGUAUCCUUUAGCCCAGACAAAGAUAUUCCUGACCUCUCGGGCAAGGUGAUAUUAGUCACAGGAGGGAACACCGGGUUAGGUUUUGAAUUUAUCUUUCAGUUGUCGAAGCACAAGCCCAAACACAUAUACCUAGCAGCCAGAUCGGAAGAAAAGGCCAACGAAGCUAUCAAGACACUCCGCAAGAAGAAUCCUAAUGCCGGACCUAUUACUUUUCUCCAGCUUGAUCUAGGCUCUUUUGCGAGCAUCAAGGCGGCAGCUUCUACAUUCAGAUCCAUGUCUGAUAGAUUGGACAUCCUGAUCAAUAAUGCUGGGAUCAUGGCAGUGCCAGAAGGUCUGACGGAGGAUGGAUAUGAGAUCCAAUUUGGGACAAACCAUCUCGGUCCCGCGCUCCUCACAACGCUACUCCUACCAACCCUCAAAGCAACCGCCGCCAUAUCUACCGACGCGCGAGUUAUCUUUCUCAGCUCUGAACUUGAGAACAUGGCACCCAAAAACUCCUAUCUAUUCGAUGAACUAAAGACCACGUUGCCCAAGUUCUCAACAUGGACUCGUUACGGCCAGUCCAAGCUAGCAGCCGUGCACUACGCCCAGGCACUGGCAAAUCAUAAUCCCGAGCUCAAGGUUAUAAGUAUUCAUCCGGGUGUCAUUGCAACAAACCUCAGCGGUCCCGUGGUCAAGAAUUAUAACUUUUUGAUGGCCGCGUUGUUCAAGGUUGCUAUGAAGUUCGUUACCGUUAGCAUUGAAGAAGGGACGCUGAAUCAUCUGUGGGCAGCAACUAGUCCCGAUGCCAAGUCUGGUGUUUUCUACUUUCCCGUCGGUGUUCAGGGGAAAGGCUCGUUCCUCAGCAAGAGCAGUAAACUUCGCGAUCAGCUGUGGGAGUGGACAGAAAAAGAGCUCGAGUCGCAUCUUACUAUGACUUAA